AUGUCCAAAAUUCCUUAUCCAAGAUUGAUUUUUGUUCGCCACGGUCAAACUGAAUGGUCUAAAAGUGGUCAACAUACUUCAACUACCGACAUUGACUUGACUCCAUUUGGGGUCGAACAAAUGAGAAAUACUGGUAGAGCACUUAUCGGUCCUAGUAAUUUACAAAUGAUCAAACCAGAGAAUUUGACUCGUAUUUUUGUUUCACCAAGGCAAAGAGCACAACAAACUUUACAAUUAUUAUUGGAAGAUGUUGACCCCGAAUUUAAGGACAAAAUCCCAGUUGAAAUAGAUGAGGAUGUGAGAGAAUGGGAUUAUGGUGAUUACGAAGGAAUAACGAGUGCUGAAAUCAACGAAUUAAGAAAAAAGAAAGGAUUAGAUGAUAAAGAUCACAAAUGGUCCAUAUGGAGUGAUGGAUGUGAAGGAGGUGAGCAACAUUAUGAUGUAGCAAAGAGGUUGGAUAGAUUUAUUGAAAAAGUAAGAGAGUUUCAUCGUCAAGCAAUUGCUAAAAAGGAACCAUGUGAUAUCCUCGUCGUUGCUCAUGGUCAUAUAUUGAGAUGUCUAGGAGCUAGAUGGGUCCAACGUGAAUUGAAUGUCAAUCCACAAUUGAUUUUGGAUGCUGGUGGUGUAGGAACUUUGAGUUAUGAACACCAUAAUAUCGAUGAACCAUCAAUCUUUUUAUCAGGGGCAUUCACCGUACCGGUUGCCGAACAAUGUGCUGAUCUUUAG